UUGCUAUAUGCAACAUGUUGGUAUUCUUGUUUUUUCUGUCACGUGGGGGUCGCAUGUUUUUGCAAGGUCGUUCUUCCAAGAUGCAGAUGGACAACUCCGAUCGAAAGCAUGAAGUUCUACUCAGUCCGCUGUUGGGCGGCGCCCAGACGGAGAUGAAGACGGUCGUCGGGGACAACGCCACCUUACCGUGCCACCAUCAGUUCCCGUCAUCCAACUCUAUCGACAUCGAGUGGCUCCUGCAGACGCCCAACUCUAAACAGAAAGUGAUCAUUACGUUCUUCGGCGGCCACGUGUACACCAACGUGGGGGUGAGCAGCGAUGCCAGCCGCCUGUCCUUCGCCGGGCAGUACCUAGGGGGCGACGCCUCCCUGCUGAUCAGUGACCUGCUGCUGACCGACUCCGGAGAGUACUACUGCAAGGUCAAGACCGGGGGGAAGUACCACUGGAGCCAGGUCAACCUCAUUGUGCUGGUGAAGCCCUCAAAGCCCACGUGCGGGUUGGAUGGCAAUCUCCUGGAAGGCAGCGACGUCAGACUCAGCUGCAAGUCCAUCAACGGUUCCGACCCCAUCAGCUACAAAUGGGAGCGAGUGCUGGACAAAGGCAAGAGUCUGGGCAAGCUGCCAAACCUGGCGCGCAUAGAUCUGAAGAACCCAGAGAUCGUCACCCUGAGGAACCUCACCAUGGACAGCACAGGUGUCUACAGGUGCACGGCCAGCAACGACGUGGGGGAGGAGAGCUGCACCAUCGAGGUCCCCAUGGAGCAUGAGAGAGAUGUAAAGGUGGCCGGUGCCGUGGUGGGAUUUUUCCUGGGCGCGUUCAUCGUCGUGUUAAUCAUCUGGCUUGUCUUCCGAAAGAAAGAGAAAAAGAAGUAUGAGGAAGAGGAGACUCCAAAUGAAAUCAGAGAAGAUGCAGAGGCUCCCAAGGCCAAGCUGGUGAAACCAAACUCCCUGUCCUCGUCCCGCUCCGGCAGCUCACGCUCGGGCGCCUCCUCCACCCAAUCGAUGGUGCACAACAGUGCCCAGCGUGGCCACCGCCCCCGUCCGCCUGCUGUGGCGGCGCUCAAGGAAAACGGACAGCCUCCCGGCUACCCUCAGUCGCCUCCAUCCUAUGCCACGGUGGUCCCGUCCAAAACCUCCGAGCCCCCUGCCACUCCCAAAUACAACUCCAGGAAUACAUCCGGGCCGACACCCCCCACCCUCAUGGUCCCCGCCCAGACCAAGGCCUUUCAGACUGUGUAGGACUGAAAACUCGCUCUUUCCUACAGCCACGCCAGACUCCCGUCCCUUGAAACCCCUUAAACCCUGCACCUGCCCUCCCAAAGACUGAGACUCUUCCAUAAACAAAGAAAUGCAACUAGUUAAAAGGAAGAAAUCAAUACUAUAAGUCCAAAAGUUCUUCUAAUGAAUGCAUUCUUUAAAGGGAAAUGCUUUCCCCCAGCUAAAUUUCCAUGAGGACAGCGGCACUGUUUGUGUCGUUUCUCAUGUGCGGCAAGCUGGAAGGACCCCUAGUCAAGUAUUUAUCUCAUCAAAAUUUUAGGCAUGUAACAGAAAUGGGGCAAAAGGCGAAUGAAGUUGGCCAUGAGACAUUAUGAUGGCGGCUUCAGUUUUUUCCACUUGCGCCGAAACCCCAGUUGAUUCCCGUGUGUGUGUGUGUGUCUGUGUGUGUGUGUGUGUAUGUGUGUCACCCAACCUCCAGAGCCCUCAUGUUCCCAUGGAGGAACUCACAAGGAACCUCCUCAGACUGACUCAUCUGACUGAAUGGCCCAUUUGCUCUACCACCAGCAGGGCAAUCUUCAGGUAUCAGGAUGUAGCAACAGCAGAGUGGCCCUACUCUUUCUCUGGGUACUGAACACCUUAGUUCAAAUAAAUAGCAUACAUAUUAGGCCUAUAGGCAGACCAUGCUUCCAAUGUAAGGGAUGAGCAACUAUUUAGUUUUUUUUCAUUAUUUCCCUUCUAGGGCUGUAACGGUACUCCGUAAUCACGGUUCGGUACGUACCUUGGUUUUUAGGUCACAGUUCAGUUCGAAGUAAGGGAUAUAUUUAAGCUCUGGCUCCUCCACUCGUGUACCGUGUGGGAACUCAGUACGCCAAAAAAUAACUGAAUAUUCCGAAGACAUGUACCGUUACACCCCUAGUCUCUUCUAUUCAGCUGGUCAUAAUACGAAGUGCCACCGAUCCUGAGAAUGGGUUCUUUUAUUUUGGUGAAAUUUUUGUUCCGAUUGCUGCAUUUCAGAAACCAAAACGUGUCACCAUGAAUGUGUGAUGGAUGAGGAUGGUUGUAGCUCCCUGGAAGAACCUUUUCACACCAUCCUCUCUCCCUCUCUUCAAAGCGGAAAUAGUCGACGUGAUAGUGGAAAGGUUCUCUGAAUGAAGGUAUGAAGAGUGUAUGCUAUCAUUGUCUCCCUGGCACUCGAUGGUUCUUCUGGGUUAUUGGUCAGUCUGCGCUAUCAGCCGAUUCCCCCCCCUUUCGUCACGUCGUCACGCAGACCCAGUGCAGUUUGAUUGAAAGUAGCUGAAAAAAAUAGGGCAAGUAGCCUAACUAUCUAGUGUGCCUUUGCAAUCCUUUAUUGUUUUUUCUUUCUCUUUAUCUCACUCGGCUUAGAAGGUCAAUAGUAGCAAGUAUUGACCCAGCUCCAAUAACUUCGCCUCGGAGGCAGCCCAAAGUGGGGAUGGGUAGGGCGGGACGAGGAGUACGAAGCAGUGUCCAAUCCCAAGCCAAGGGACAAUGUACUGUACAUUCUGUAAUCAGUCUUGUUUUGUAUUGUACAUACAGAUAAAUAUAUGCACAUGAUGUCAAUUAAUUUAAUACUUAGGAGUAAACGUGAGGGGAGUUCGCUCCCUGACACUGUUAAGAGUCGGACAGAAGACCCAAAGGUGAAUUUAAAUCAUGUUACAUGACGUUCUAAGUGACUGGAUAAAGAACUGUGUAUACCACUGACAGGAGCACAUGGACACCAUUGUGCUUAAUGAUGUUUUCCCAUGUGCCACCCUGUCGGACUGGGAUUCUGCGAUUGGAUUAAUUUAAGAAAAGGAAAACAGCUGUUUUAAUUCAGUGUUAAUGUUUAAUGCAAAGCUAUCCAGGAAACCUUCAAAGUUGAAAACAAUCCAACUUUCUGUUUGUUCUCAUUUAAAAACAAAGCUCAAUUAUAAAUGAAGUAGUAAUCCGUUCUUCUUUGUUAUUAAUGUUGAUUUACGUCGCUUUUUCACUGCACGCUACCUGCGCCAGUUUACUGCUAACAUGCUAAUAAAACAAAACAAUUAAGGACAACAAGAGUCUCCCGUAGUUACUUCUCAGCUUUAGGAGACUCAUUUUAUCCAAGGGGAGACUAUGGACAAUAAUAAUACGAAGCAUUGUAGCACAGUGGAUACUAUUGUGAAUAGUGCUGCACAUUAUGGAGGCAAAUUGUAUCCGAGAGGAGACUGAGGGCAGCAGCAAAAUGGAAAUGAUGCUGAAUGUUGAAGGAGACAAUUGUUAUCUAAGAAGAAACUGACCUUAUUGACAAAGGGCCUGCUGCAGCAUAGUAGAGACUGAGAAGUACAAUGUUGCACAUUAAGGAGACAUUUUUUAUCUAAGAAGAGACUGAGGGCAGUGGAGAAUGGCCUGUUGCAGCAAAGUGGAGACCGUUGAGUACAAUGUUACACAUUAAGGAGAAUUGUUUUGUUUAUCUAAGAGGAGACUGAGGGCAGUAGUAAAUCCAUGCUGCACCAUAGUGGAGACUGUGGAGUAUAAUGCUGUAAGCUAUAUAGAUACAUUUUACCCAAAAGGAAACGGAGGGUCGCAAAACUAAGCACUGCAGCAAAAUGGAGACUGUGGAGACUAAUGUUGCACAUUAAAGGACAUUUGUUUAUCUAAAAAGAGAAUGAGGGCAGUGGUAAAUGGCCUGCUGCAGCAAAGUGGAGACUACAUUAGGGAGACAUUUUUAUCUAAGAAGAGACUAAGGGCAGUGGAAAAUGGCCUGUUACAGCAGAGUGGAGACUGUGGAGUAUAACGUUGCACAUUAAGGACCGUUGUUUUGUUUAUCUAAGAGGAGACUGAGGGCAAUAGUAAAUGCAUGUUGCGCCAUAGUGGAGACUGUGGAGUAUAAUGCUGUAAGCUAUAUAGAUAAAUUUUACCCAAAAGUAAACUGAGGGCCGCAAAACUAAGCACUGCAGCAAAGUGGAGACUGUGGAGACUAAUGUUGCACAUUAAGGGACUUUUGUUUGUCUAAAAGGAGAAUGAGGACAGUGGUAAAUGGCCUGCAAAGUGUAGAUUCCAUCCAUCCAUUUUUCACCGCUUGUCCCUUUUGGGGUCGCGGGGGGUGCUGGAGCCUAUCUCAGCUGCAUUCGGGCGGAAGGCGGUGUACACCUGGACAAGUCGCCACCUCAUCGCAAGGCCAACACAGAUAGACAGACAACAUUCACACUCACAUUCACACACUAGGGCCAAUUUAGUGUUGCCAAUCAACCUAUCCCCAGGUGCAUGUUUUUGGAGGUGGGAGGAAGCCGGAGUACCCGGAGGGUGAACAACAGGCUGAAUAAGUGCACGUUAUAUGACGCAUAAAUAACCAACUGAGAACGUGCCUGGUAUGUUAACGUAACAUAUUAUGGUAAGAGUCAUUCAAAUAACUAUAACAUAUAGAACAUGCUAUACGUUUACCAAACAAUCUGUCACUCCUAAUCGCUAAAUCCCAUGAAAUCUUAUACGUCUAGUCUCUUACGUGAAUGAGCUAAAUAAUAUUAUUUGAUAUUUUACGGUAAUGUGUUAAUAAUUUCACACAUAAGUCGCCCCUGAGUAUAAAUCGCACCCCCGGCCAAACUAUGAAAAAAACUGUGACUUAUAGUCAGAAAAAUACGGUACAUUGAAAUUUACAUUAUUUUCAAUCCGGGGGGUGGUCAACACAAGUGACCUGCAGUGGAAAAGCGUCAUGGUUGUCGACUUGUUCAACUUUGGAGGUUCCACCACACAAGCCAUUUGUCUUUUUUUGCAGAAAGUGGAAAAUUUCACACAGGAAAAAGAUUUAAACUAAAAAAUGGUAACAACAACAACAAAAAAAGCAUACAUGUAUUUUGACUUCACAAUGCGGGACUUCACUGACUUGUUUAAGGGGGGUAAAAAACAACUUUUAUAUUCAACGCCAGUUCAUAUCUGAGCAGGGAAGCUCGCGUGUGUGUGAGUGUGUGCAUGUAAGUGGAAGUUUGUGUGUGUACGGUGUGGGUGUGUGCAUGGUAAUUCAGUAUAAGCCCUCGGGCCACACCCACACACUCGACUGUUGGCCAUUGAGUGGGCGAGAGGUGGGGGGGGGGCAAGGCUUUGUUGAGCAAUGAUAUGAAUGCAGACUGGCAGUAUUUUUCAUUUCCAUUGACUCAUAAGCCAGUUGAAGCUGGCCUCACAGGCGGCGGCCAUGUUGGAGUCUUGAGUCAUGUACAUAAUUCAUACUGUUGCUGCCCGCCUUGCUGGCCCGGCCCCAUAAAUACGCUCGUGCAAACACGACACGGUUUGCGUGCGGGCAAAAGUGUUGGGACACUCAUCAAUUAUGGAGUCGGAGGACAAAAGCACAUGACUUCUGACCUCCGUGGAAUGGAAUUCAAAUGGGAUUUGAUAACAUCAUCACUGCUUUUAAUGCAAAUAAUAAAUAGUGACAUUAGUUUGCAUGCCGUAGAAAUACAGGUAGGAAUUGGAAAGUAAACAUUAUGAAACGCAUUACACACCUGGGCGCAUAGUCAAUAAAUUAAUCGAACAAUCGAUGAAAACGAACACGAUAACUUUAGCAUGAAAUUAGUCUGUGCUCUCUUUGUUUCUCACUUUCAAACAGGGUACAAGAGGGUUCAUUCUGUGCAUCGCUCUCAGCAUCUAAACGUGUUUAUUCAAUUGCAGAAUUAACUGAACAAAGUCAACUGUCUUGUCCGUGAUCCACAAUCUUUGUCUCUGUGGGUGGAGGCGGGACUACGAGCGUAAACACACACAGGACACACGGACAUUUCCUCGCUAGUUGUUGAUAGUAAAAGGUAGAGAUCGAUCGAUUAUCAG